AUGAUCGAAAACUUUUAUCAGUCUACAGCGUGUUUCGUUGUGUUUCCACACGUUCAUUCUUCGCCCAAGUGCUAUUCAUUUGCUAGAACAGCACCCCACAAGGCAGUCGGCUCGUCUCUACGAACUUCGCGGCAACUUCUGAAGAACCCAAGUCGAGUUUGGAGUAUGCGAACGCGGCAUCGAUCGACUGAUGCCAGAUGAGAGCCUUCCUCCAGCUGAUUGCUAUUACUCGUAAAAAUUUCAUCUCAAAACGCAGAAGAUGGACUCUCUCGCUGUUUGAAGUAUUUCUACCUACUAUUCUAGUCGCUCUCCUCGUAUCUUUGAAAAGAUUUCAGCAACCAUGGCUCGUAACUUUCACAAACGCUCCUGUCCGAGGUCUUCCAUCCGCGGGCCUAUUCAGUGUCUUCGCUUCAUUUUGCCCACAAACCCAGAACCAACAGGACGUGAAUGGCUUUGUCGUUAUCAACGGAUCAAAAGAAUACGAAUUUCUAGAACUUUUAAACGAGAUAUGCGGAGCCAUGGAGAAAGUUGACAUCCAUGCGAAUUCGUCGUUUACGUUCAGUAAACUACUUGUACUUGCUGAAAGCUUCAAGAGAACGAUAGAGAAUGAACAUGUCUUCAGCAAGUGCAACAUGUCUUUGCCAUUGCCAGACUGGAAAGAAUGCAUUUCAAAAUAUCCGAACUCGAUGAAGAGAAUCAACAACAGUUUGAUCAAGCUCCAGCAACAAAUCGUCGUUGUGAAUGAAGAAACGAUCUUAGUGAACGAUCUUGUUGAUAUCGCCAACAUUCUCAGAAAGCACUCGAGGAAAAAAUCUGGUACUGCAUUUUUGUACGAAGUUCUCAACGAGAUAAUAUGUGCAGGAGCGCUAUCCAAUGGUACUGCAGCAGAGGGAGGUGGAAGUAUAAACGAUAAUCAGCUUAAUCGUUUGGAAAUAUUGGUGGCUAUGCUACAAAGAAAUGCAAAAAUUCUUUAUGCUCCCAAUGUUACUGUAGUCAACGAGGUUAUUAUGAAGGCAAACGAAUCGCUGUCAUUCAUUCAUGAGUUCAGUCAAUUUGCGGAAUUGGCCGCUGAGGUGCUAAAUAUCAGUGAAACUCGAUAUGAUCCAAUUGUUGAAAACCGAACGAUGCUUAUCUUGUCGGAUGUUGAAGAGCUUGUCAAGAAAUUCAGUGGCAUUCCUCUGGCAAGGAUGCUUCCACGAAUCUCUGUUGACAGUCAGACAUUAGGUAUCGCGGAAUGGAUUCUUGCGGCAAACCGAACGCAUACUGCGGAGAAUUUCCCCUCGUUUGUUGGCUUUACCAAUGAGUCAAUGUUGGAAUCAUUUGCGAAGGCAGCAGAUCAAAGUGAAGUCACCGUCAUAGCAGGUAUCGUAUUCGAAGACGUUGAUGCACAUACAGAAAGCCUCGGUCCGAUUGUCAAUUACAAAAUACGUCAAAAAUCAGCAUUUACACCUUCUACAACGGCCGCUCGCGACUUGCUAGCUGUAUACACAGGACCAAGAGACUGGGACGACUCCUACUACACAUACGGCUUCCUCUGGUUACAAGAUGUGAUAGAGCGUUCAAUUAUAUCGGUUAUGUUCAAUAUUCCUAUAGUAGAACCUGGAGCAGGCAUGCAGGAGAUGGCCUUCCCUUGCUUCCGAUACGAUCGGUUUCUUAUCAACAUGAAGACAGUAAUUGUAAUCAUCCUGGCCUUAUCGUCCCUCUUUACUGUUGCUUUUCUAGUGGAGAACAUUGUCUUUGAAAAGGAGCAUGGGCUUACAGAAAUGAUGCGUUGCAUGGGAGCUAGCACAAGCAUAAUCUGGCUGUCAUGGGUGAUAUCGACGUUGCCUCAGGCAGUAGUGGCAAACCUCAUCAAUACCCUACUUCUUUUUUACGAUGAUGCUGUCUUUCGUCUAACGAGCAUCUUUGUGGUCGUCUUACUCUUCCUCCUCUAUACAUUCGCCGUUCUUGCAAUGGCCUUCCUUUUAUCUUCGUUAUUCACACAUGCUCGAAUGGCAACUGCGUGCUCUGCCAUCAUCUUCUUCGUAAGCACCAUGCCGUGCACUUAUCUGGCAAUUCGAGAACAGUCUACUUUUCGAAAGUCUUCGGAUUGGAUGAUUGGGAUUGCUUGUAUCUUUCCUCCAUCAGCAUUUGGAUUAGCGGUGAAGGGUCUCAUUGAUGCAGAGCUGUCAGGUGAUGCUGGUAGAUGGUCGGCGCUAAGUCAUUCAAUUGGAGACAAAGGCAGUGUGUUUCGCAUAGAUACUCUUAUGAUUAUUCUGAUAGCGGAAACUAUCUUCUACUUCCUACUCGCACUGUAUAUCGUCAAAGUAUAUCCUGGUGAACACGGAAUCCCGUCAAAUUGGUACUUCCCGGUGGAAUCAUUCAAAAAGACGACCUCCAGUGAGCUUUUGCAGGAAAGCGAUGCCAACAGCUCCUCUCCAGCGGAAGAUAUUGUAACCAACGAUACUGGUAGAGUUGGAUGCACUGUUCACUUGAGCAAUGUUACAAAAAAGUACUGUUCACGAGGAGCACGAGAGUUUGCUGUGAACGAUCUGACUAUGAGGUUCUACAAGGGUGAGAUUACUGCACUAUUGGGCGAAAAUGGGGCUGGAAAGUCAACGCUUAUAAGAAUGAUCAGCGGUCAUAUGGCUCCAACCAAAGGAAAAAUUUUCGUAAACGGCAAAUGCACAUCUGGAAAUGAGCGCGUGUGUGUUGGCAUCUGCCCUCAACAUAAUGUGCUCUUUCCCUACUUGACAGUCAGAGAGCACUUGGAGUUUUAUGCUGCACUCAAAAAACCGACCCUCGAAAAGAAAGAAACAACCCAAGCCGUGAAUGAAAUGGUUGACGAUUUGCGACUGGAGAACAAGAUAGAAGAUUUGGCAUCUACCCUUUCAGGUGGUAUGCAACGUCGGCUGUGUAUUGGAAUCGCAUUCAUUGCUGACUCAGAAACCGUUAUUCUCGAUGAGCCGACAGCCGGAGUUGACCCUUUCGCUAGACGAGCUAUAUGGAAUCUGCUGCUCAAAUAUAAGGAAAAUCACACAAUCAUCGUAGCCACUCACUACAUGGACGAAGCUGACAUUCUUAGCGACCGUGUAGCUGUCAUUUGCGAGGGCGCACUGAAAGCAGUUGGCACGCCAUUGUCACUAAAGAAUGAGUAUGGUGAUGGGUACAAACUUUCAGCCUCACUUAGAAAUGAUAGUGCUGCAAUGAAAGACUGUAAGAAGUGGCUGGAGAGCUUUGGUGGUGAAGUGAGAAUUCUUGACUAUUACAACACACAAGCAGUAGUUGGUCUUCGUGGUUGGACCAAUAAUCAGAUGGUAUCGAUGCUUGCGGCAAUGGAAACCUCUUCGUCUGAUUUGCACUUUCCUAUCAUCGCAUACUCUGUGAAUGAUUCAACUCUAGAAGAAGUCUUCGUUAAAUUAAUUGGUAGGCCAAACAAAAGAACUCUGAAAGCUAGCUUCGACGACACGCGUACGAGCUCAGUUUCAGAAGCCUCAGAGCCUUAUUUCAAUUUCACAUCUUACGAGAGAUAUCCGCCAAGGGGUGUUGCGAGGAUCUGGCAGCACGUCAUUGCACAGUUGCAAAAACGCCUAAAUUAUGCCUCACGUAGCUGGAAAACCCUGUUUUCACAGUUGUUGGUUCCAGUGAUUUUUGUGAUACUGGGCAUGGGCGUGGCUCUUCCUGCCAUAUCACCUUCAUCAGCUCCUCCGAUAGAAAUCUCGACCGCUCAGCUCAACAACGUAACUACGUCUCGAAUUCUGAUGCCUUACCAAAAUUUCGUCGUCAUGCCAGAUUACCCCUAUUCCAACUUCACUUCUAACGAUAGUUUUUUGGUAAGUCCUGAGGCUGCAAUUUAUCAGCUUUAUAACCCGGCCGGUCCUGGAUCGAUGUGUGCUAUAGCAGAUAGUUCCCUCACAUCGCUCGACGCCAAUCAACCAAAUAUGACGGAGGAGUCACUAAGAGAACGAGUUAAUCUUGAGCUUUUCGACCAACAUUGCCUGCAGCUGGACUGUCGUUUUUGCCAUCGAUCAGGAGUAUUGAAGCAAUUUUUGAUUCCAAAAACUUUCGAAACAUCUGAUGCUUCCUGCACUUGUGAAACGAGAAAAUUUGGCACAGAAUGCGGCAAUUUUCCUUUUGCAGUCACGGAAGCUUUUGAACUCAACGGUGCUGUCCCGUACGAAGUUUCCGGAUUUCAUUUCUCUGAUUGGACCGUCGCUUUCUCGGACAAUAGCGAAUUCGGAUUUGGCGGAAUUGCAUUUGGGUUUCAAAAUCCUAAUGUUCCACAGGACUACGGAGUGGGAAAAUACAAAUUCCUGCGUAAGCUCGCAGUGAGACACGUGACCAAGGUGUUUUUCGACAAUCGUGCCUUUCAUGCUCAACCGAUCUACCUUAAUCUUUGGCAUAACACCCUUCUGAGAGCUGCAGUUCGACGCAGUGGGCUGAAUGUUAAUCCAGGAGCGUAUGCGAUAAGACUGAAGAAUCAUCCUCUCCCAGCAAAGAAGAUUAUGUUCAGUCUACAACGAAUAUUGCAAAAUAAUGACGUGCUCAUAGCCGUAUUUAUCGUAAUAGCCUUACUAUUCGUUCCUUGCUCAUUUGUCUUUUUGCUGGUAUCAGAGCGUUCAUCUUCCGCCUUACAUCUUCAGGAAAUGGCUAGCUUGUCUCCUCUUCUGUACUGGUCUGUAAACUACAUUUUUGAUAUUUUUAUGUAUAUGAUCACUGCAACAUUUACACUCUCUGUGAUAUAUCUACUCGGGACCUCAAUCUACUCGUCCGCAGCGACUAUGGCUGCAUUUGCCGUACUAAUGGUUCUUUUUGGGAUCUCGUCUAUUCCUCAAGUUUACGUGUUUUCAUUCUUCUUCUCAAACGCAUCUACUGCAUACAUAGUUCUAAUCAUGGGCUCAUUAAUUCUUACAAUGCUUUUGCUGUUCUCCUCGUUUUUCUUGCAGUUAUUUGGUAUAGAUUCCCCUACUUUGGCUUCAGCUGACAAAGUUACUCGAUAUAUUUUCUCCGUUUUUCCGCCAUUUGCCUUCGGCCGUGGAAUGUUUGAUGCUGCGCUGCACGUGUACUACAACAAUUUCUACGAAUUUGCCGGCCAAUGGGAGAAUGUCAGCACCGCUUUGGAAAACGGAAUGUUGGUCAAGUACAUCUGUGCUAUGUCAAUCAUGGCAGCGGUCUCAUGUGUUCUCACGUUGAUUCUCGCCUACAGCAACAAGAAAAUCCCAACUUGCCGGCGGCAACCUGAUGAGCUACCGUGUAGCAACGCUGGAGAAGACAGUGUCCAAGAAGAGAAGAGAAGAAUCCGCUUUGUGAAUGCGCUGGAGCAAAACGUGUUAGUUGUGGAUGCACUCGAAGUGUGUCAUCGACGAACAUUCCUUUCUAAACCUACACAUGCUGUUCGAAAUGUAUCUUGGGGAGUUCUACCAGGAGAAUGUUUUGGUUUGAUAGUAGGCGUAAACGGAGCGGGCAAAACCAGUACAUUUCGAGUCUUAUGCGGGCAGCAGCCGCCUGAUCGAGGUGCAGUUUUUCUUGGAAGCAGUGUGGUCACCCCUGGUGCAAGUGUUUUUUCACGUAUCGGCUACUGUCCGCAGUUUGACGCAUUGUAUGGUGAACUAACCACAAGAGAACACCUAGAACUGCUUGCCAAAAUUCACGGUUACAAUUCGCAAAGUGUACCUGAAGUGGUUGACUAUUUUCUGGAAGUAUUUGGUAUAUCUCGGUACGCCGAUACGAAAUCGCAGGCAUUGAGUGGUGGUACAAAGCGGAAAUUGUCGUUGGCUCAAGCACUCAUUGGUAAUCCUGAUCUCCUUCUUCUUGACGAACCUACGACAGGCAUGGAUCCCACAAGUCGCCUUCUGAUAUGGGAGGCCGUAGAUCGAUUCGUACGAGGAGGAAAAAGCGUUGUGCUGACAACUCAUUCAAUGCCCGAAAGUGAAGCUUUGUGUGGUAGAAUUGGAAUAAUGGUCAAUGGGUCGAUUAGAUGUGUUGGAACACCGCUGUAUAUAAAGAACAAAUACGGUACGGGUUACAAUGUUCGCCUUCGUCUGCUCAGUUAUAGUGACGAGGAUAUACUGCUUGCUAUAAAGGAAUUCAAGAAAGGAUUCCCUACUUCUGCACUAUUGGAAUCACAUGCUGCUGUAUUACACUUCGAUCUACCGCCACCUUGCGUGCUCUCCCAAGUCUUCAACUACCUUUCCACAGCCAUGCGGGAUCUCAUAAAAGAAUUUUCGGUCUCUCAAAAUAGCCUCGACCAAGCGUUUGUGAGUUUCGUAAAGGAGCAAACAGAUCCUGGAGGAGACCGACCUCCCGCACAUGCGCCAUCAGUUGGCGACAUUUGUGCUGUAGCCAACCCGCCCACACUACCCAUAGACCCUCCUCGAUUAGCGGAUUCCUCAUCGGCAUCUAUUCCAUCUGAUAGUCGAGCAACCCUGAUGUAUUAAAACAGCUCACCCAUAGGUUUAUUACAAGUUAGAACAGCAAAAACUAUCAAAUUUAUUUUAUUAUUAUUAACGCCUGGCCCAGCUUAAGUUGUUGAUUGCUCACUGUACAUAUCAUUCCUUCUACUCAAUUGUGUUCUAUGUAUGCAGCAUUUCAAAAAACUUAUUGAGGAGAUUAAAGAUUUAAAUGACU